AUGCGGCGCAUCGCCUUCACAGCGGAUGCGCUACUACCACCGCUCCUCACGGCGGCGCUUCUAUUGGCGCUUUUUCACGCCGCGGCUCUUCUGGGAGUGGCUUCCGCUGCAGCGGCGCAUCCGCCGAUCAUCUCUCGCGAAUUGCGCCGACUCCCGGACACAACAGGGGUUUUGCGUGCAGUAUUCCGCGGAUCCAGGAAUUCCGGAGUUUUUACAUCGGCGCGAAGCGCGAACCGCAGUGCGACAGCGGCAGGUGAUCGGGGGAUACGCGAUGGCCCGAUCUGCGGUGCAGAAUCGGCAGAGGCUCGCGCGGUGCGGGGAUAUGCGGCGCUGUGCGGUGAUGAGGCCGCGGUAGAGGCAGCGGAGAGGGAUGAGGCGGAAGAGGAGAGGCGGAAGGAACUGGCGGAGGACGCGGGGGCGGGCGAAGGCGAAGGGGAAGGGGAAGGGGAAGGGGAAGGGGAAGGGGAAGGGGAAAAUCCGCUCCCCUCUGUGUUUGAAGGGCCGCAGUUGCCGCAUUCGGACGGGCUGGUUACCGUUGCAGGUCAGCAGCAGCAGCAGCAGCAGCAAGGGCCGCGGCAGUGGCAGGCGCAGGGGGGGAAGCAGCAGGAGGCGGGAGAGGCGCCGGAGUGGGCGAAGCGGGAGCAGCAGCGGUGGGAGCGGGACCAGCGGCCGCAGACAGCAGAGGAGAUUGCGAUGCAGGAGGAGCACUGGCGGCAGCAGCAGGCGCUGGUGAAACAGCGGCUGCGACAGUGGCGGCAGCAGGCGAAGCGGAUGAGACAAGUGACCCGAGCCAAGGAGGCCGUGUGGGCGGCAGAGGCGAGGAGCAGAUGGGCGGCAGCGGCGCAGGGGCGGGAGAGGGCGGCAGGGGCGGCAGAGAGGUAUGCUGUAAUGACAGAAGACGACAUGGAUGACAUGAUGCCGGGCGGCACACUCUCCUGGCAGCGCCUGAAAGCCUCCGCCACUACCGCCAACCCCAACACACCCGACAAUCUCAAGGCCACCAUCGCCACCGUCAGUCCCAAGGUCACCGUCACUCCCAAGGCGGCAGCAAAGCCAUGCUCCCCGCGGCACAGCAGCCCGGUGAUCAAAGUCUUUUCAGUGUCAGACAUUGCCAAGCGCACGCGCUACUCUCCCCGCCAGACCGUCACCCUCGUGCUCUACCGCUCGAUAUCCCUCUCCCGUGGGCUCCUCUUCGGGACCAACUUCUCCUGCACCAUCUUCCGCUCGCGCUCCCUGCCUUCCCGCCACUCCAUCUCCCUCUCUCGUUCAGACGAGCCCGUGCUGCGCGUGCACAACGCCAGCAACAUCGUGUUCAUCGGCAUCGGGCUGCGCAGCGCCGUGCGCAACUCCUCGCCCUUCUGUGAAAUGCUGCCCGAAUACGGAAAUUUGAUGGGAUAUGAAAUCAUCUGCCCGGCUCUCCACGUCUACCGCUCCUUCGGGAUUCAAUUCACCCAGGCUUCCGUGAUCGGCCGAAUCGACGUCUUCCGAUCCGGCUACACAAAGCUGGACUCUCUCUUUGUAACCGCCCCUGGGACUUACGAGCGGUCACCUGGAGUGAUUCGCAUGGGCAUGUGUGGGCUGGGCAUGACCCUGGUUUCGUCCAAGAAUGUGAUUACCAACAACGAUGUGUUUGGAGCCUGGGAGCUGAUUAACCUCUACCGCGGGUCCAUCGGCGUGAAGGUUCAUAAUAACUUCCUCCAUGAUUAUUUGUUCGCGGGGUUCCGGUGUGGCGCUGACGUGCACUACUCGUGGGACUGCAUGCUGACGUCAGUGAAGAACAAUUUUGUCUUCACACCUCAGUCCAAGGGCCGCCUGACGUUUGACUCGGCGGGGAUCUACUUCUGCACCCACUGGUUCAACCCUGGCAGCGCUGUUGCCUGCAACUAUGUGAUAGGCGGGGACCACUGCUACUACCUGGACUACUGCACGUCAGGCGUGGACAUCACAGGGGGCGUGUGCGCGCAGCUGUGGGACGGCGUGAAGCUGAACAACGGCAAGCGCAACAAAAUCCGCAGCCUGCUCAUGGUCAGCCUGGGGCAGAGCCCCGGGUACAUUACCUGCCUCACUGUCACCAUCAACCACUGUGGGAAGGACCCUGGGACCUAUUGGGAAAGGAUGAGGAAGAGAUACUACGACUCCCCGGAGAUCAAUAAGCUAUGGCCGUGGAUGAAGCAUGUAUGCAGACAAACACGCAUCGGAUCGCAGCCCUGCAACCCCGCGGGUCACAAGGCUCUCACCUCCAAGCAAACCGGCGCCUGCAGCGGCCUUCCCACCGAAAACGACGUUGAGCUCAUCGCAGUAGAUGCCGACACAAGCCGCCCGGACGAGUACCGGUACUGCGGGCGGGUGCCUGCCGCCCGGAAGGUGAACCGGCAGGUGCUCUACAGGUACACUGGCGACGAAAUGCGGUUUCGCGAUUAUAGUAAAGGGGAUUAUGGGCUCGUGCGCGUCUGGUGGGAUAAUGAUGAUGGGAUGGUGUGGAGGUGGGGAGACAAGGUAAGGUACGGUAAGUUGCAUCCAGACAUCAACACUAUCCCGAAGCUGUCUACCCAUCGCUCCACCCGCACUGGACAGCUCGUGCGCGUCUGGUGGGAUAAUGAGGAUGGGAUGGUGUGGAUGAUGGCGUGUUGGUUUUGUGGGGAUGAUCAGGGAAGCGGCGUGAUGGUGUGGAACUUUAUCCCUUCUGCCGCCCCUUCCUACCCUCUUUCCUUCCCCCUGUGCCAUGCCAUCUCAGAGCAGCCAUGCCAGCAAGCAGAUAAAAAAGAAUCCGAGUGUCCGGUUGAUCAAAUACAAUAA